AUGUACGUUUGUCUUCGACUCGCUAUAACUCCGCUUUGGGAGUUUCUCUCACAUCGCGACACGCUAAUAACCAAGCUGCCUUCAACCCGCAUGGUCCUGCACUCUCCCACGCGUUCCAAAUUUCUCUCAACCUGCGCCCUCACGAUGUACGCAACUACUCUCUUGAUGGCCACGAUGGCUGUCCUGGUCGUGUUACUGUCCCCAUCGACUGCGACCAAGAUUCCGGCACCGAAGCCUCACGGGCGCGAUCGCACGGUGGCUCAUCAGCGCUCUUGGGUUGUGCAAACCGAACGCCGGGAUUCGAAACUGGCCAUCUCGCUGUUCAUACCUCUUCUAGAGAAGCACUGUACCAAGUACUGCGAACACGCCUACAUGCCCCGCGACACGUCCAAAGCCGCCAACGCCCAAUUUUUCGGAAACGAGAAUGCAGACGUCUUUGAAAGCCUCACGUUCGACUCAUGCUGCGCGGGAUCUACACCGAUUGAGACGAGGGAAAUGAAAGUCUUGGUUCUCGAGCCUGGCGCCAACGUUAGCAGGAUGAUAUACAAUCAGCUAGCGCGACAGCUUGCUUCCCUAGAUAUCGCUGUCGUGACAAUUGAUCGCCCUCACGAUGCCCCUGUCGUCGAGUUCGAAGACAGCGUUGGAGUGCCCUCGACAGGCAACCGCAUGAUCAAGAACGAGGGUGGCUUGAACCUGGAUGCAUUCUCUGUCAGCAAAGAAUGGAACCAAACUUUAAUGGAUGCAUUCCACUCCCGCAAGAACGAGAUCCACUUCGUGCUCGAUCAAAUCUCGGAGCCCGGCUUCCUCGAGAAGCACUUUCCUGACUUCAAUUUCACGUCAAAGCUAGAUACCAGUUCUGUGCACCUAGUCGGACACGGCUUUGGGGGUGGCGUCGCGACGUAUGCUGCAGCACUCGAUGAUCGCUUCCAAUGGGCGAUCAACCUUUCGGGGAGCAUACCCACCAUUACUCAAGAUGCGUACAACUACAUCGCAUUCUUUGGCCGCGAGGGCUACACGCGGAAGGAUGAUCCAAACUGGCAGGCUUCCAUCAAGCAUAUGGCAGGGCGCUUUGCGGAAUGGACGUUUGAAAGCGCAGAGCAGAUGGAUUACACGGACCUACCGUUGGUGGCGUCGAUUGCUGGCGGAAAUGUGCGUGCAAAAGGUACAGGAAGCAUUGGUGUUUGGGCGUUCCAUUGCACGAGUUGUUUCUUGGAAGCGUAUGUGAGGGAUACGCUGCAGGGAGAAGGAGGCGAACUCACCAAGUGUCUUCAAAUCCCCCAAUGCAGCAAAAUGCGGCCUUAUAGCGGCUGA